ACUUAUAUCCAAAAUGUAAGGGGCCUCUAAUGAUGACGCUGAGUCACGAGGCUAAAAGCUUUUUCGACCAGCGUCGCGAAUUGAUUCAACUUGUAUAAACAAGUUUAACCCCGAAAUAAACAGCUCUUAAUUCUUCACGACGAUGAACUGUGUGCUGGAGCAGCCUGGGUCCCAAUUACAUGGCGCUCCCUCGAUAACACUAAGAAAGAGCAUUGCUAGGAAUGGUGGACAACCAUUCGAAGACUCCGAUGUUCUCGUACUUUCCUCUCGGUCCACAAGUGACCCUCACUCCAAAGAUUCCACGCAAUUGUACCUCGACUUACGUCUCUCAAAGCCAUUACUGCCGGAGAGCACCAUUAUGUGGGGCUUUGCUGGAUUCCGUGUCACACUCUCCUCCAGUCCUCUGCGUUUCCGAUGGAAUCAUUAUAUUGAUUCCCAUGGACAAGGUGGCCCUCCUGACGAAGGCACCAUGACCUCAUGUGAUGGGGAAGAAGUAGAAACUGGAAUUGGGGUGAACCCCGAGACGGGAGAAGAAGAACAGUACGAAGAACGCUGGGUUGAUCAACCAGUCACACCAACCACACUGUUCGCAUUCCUCACAUCAUCUCGUGAACCCAGUGAAUCGGACGGAUUCAUUGCUAUUCUGGGAGAGCAUGCGCUUGCAAUGCGUCAGUUUCCGAACGACACUGAAUUCCAAGCAGUGCGCGUGCGCAUCUCAACUUCAUCAUCGUCCGAAGUUCUGUUCAAGCAGAAUGCGGACACCCUCCUCCCAUUGUUAGAAUUUGCGCUCUCUGGGGCUGACAAAUUGAAAGGAUCUCCUUGGCAGCGUGGUCAGGAAAUCAUUUUACACGAAGAGUCCUGGUUUGUGUGGGAUGCUGGGAUGACAGGGGGGAAAUAACCGCUUGAUUUUAAAUCACCGGCGAACAUACCCAUGGGCAUGAAGCUGCGAUGCAUUUAUAACCUAAGCGUCCGCCGCGCUAAUUGUCGCUUGAUCUUUGCUUGGCGGAUAUGGGGAAUGGGGCAGGACAAUGUUCAUAAUAACAGUUCAAUCCACGGGAAGUGUAUGACGGUAUCCUGUACGCAAGCAAGUACGACAGUACUGUGCCAUCUACCCGUGAAACACUGAUACUCCACCCUAUUUGUAUUUGGUUAGUGCGUAACCAGCCAUCAUCAAGGGCGACUGCGCUCCAGUGUCGUCGUUUUCAGAGUGCCCGCGUCACGGUCGAGGGCUGUCUGGUCCCAUACCGACUCCAGGGGCACACAAACACACGGUCUAGUUUGCACCGGUUGCAGUAACAUAU